AUGUUUUCAUUAAUAUUAAUUGCAACUUUCCUUGUCAGUGCUAGCAGCAAUUCAAAUUGCCCAAAUCGACAAGCAAUUGAACAGUCUCUCAAUAAAGUUCAUAUUCCAGGUGCAACAAUCGUUGUUGUGAAUGCUACGAGUAUACUUUAUGAAGAUGGUUUUGGUUACCAUUCUCUAUUACCGACAAAAAUUAUGGAUGUAAAGCAAUCGAUUUUUGCCCUGGCUUCUAUCUCAAAGACAUUCAUUGCUGUUGCUGCCAUGCAAUUAGUCGAGAAAGAACUUGUUGAUCUUGAUACGGAUAUUAACCAAUAUUUAUCGGAACCUGAUCGAAAAAUCUUUCAUCCAGAUUUUCCAACUAAUCCGAUUACGUUGCGUAAAUUACUUUGA